AUGGUUAUGAAAUUAUCAAUAAUCAUUUUAUAUGUUUCCAUCACCCUGGUGCCUGCCACGCCCUCUACCGGCGACCGUUCUCUCCUAAAGUGGUCGUUAGAUGUCACGGAGGGAUUGUUGGACUUUUUCAGUGCGGACUAUAGCAGUAUCAACGUUGACGGACUUUUCGGACUUCGGGUUGGAGAAGGUAAAGGGGAUUUCAUAUUCCGUAUCGGUAAAUGCAAUGUCACCAAAAACUGUGUUGACAUGAUGACGUCAAAGGGAACAUCUGGAUAUGUCACAACUCAUCAAUUACUUUACUUCAUCGUCAUGGAAACAGUGAAAUGUCGGGAAAAAGUAGAGGAAUUUCUAGGAGACAAAGAAGUAACUAAACUCCAGAAGUCUUUGUGCACGAACAUUUACAAGGAGGCUCUCAGAGCGACCUCUGGCGGCAAAGUCAUGGAACACGAAAAGGAUUUGUUUCUGGAGAGAGUUCUCCUGUGUGGAACCCUCGGUAAUGAGGAUUUCUUGAAGAAGGACUGGAUCAAAAUGACGCUACAAUGGCCGGAUACCAAGACUGGCUGCUUCAAACGUAGAUACCACAGCAGUAUCUUUACAGAAAGAAGUGAGCGUUCUACAAUGAGGAAGAUUCUUCGCGAGAAAACUAUGAAGGAUGGCUGUCUGUCCCACACGUCCGGUCUGGGGUUCGGGAGUUUCUGUCUGUAUCUCCAUCAUCUCAUAAUGAAUCUAUGAGUUAUGAAGGCGGAAUAAAGACUGAUUUAUUAAGAAAACAAUAUUUCCAUCAUUAAAUAUUCCAUAAAGA